AUGUUCUAUUCGAUCAUUGACAACGUCCUCUCUCUCUCUCUCUCUCUCUCUCUCUCUCUCAAUAUUCUUUCCCUUCUUUUCAUCUCUAUCUUUGCUUUCUCUUCAUCUCUCUCUAUUUUAGUUUUCGUCUCUAUCUCUCAUUGCUAUUUUUUCAUCUCUGUCUUUCUUUUCGCCUCUAUCUCUCUUUGCUCCCUUUUCAUCUUAUUUCACUUUUCGUCUCUAUCUCUCAUUGCUAUUUUUUUCGUCUCAAUCUUUCUUUUUUCAUUUUCUUCAUACAUUUUCCUCUUCCAUUGUAUUUCUCCAUUUUCAACUUUUUUCUCUUUCUUUAUUAUUCUCUCAGUAAUCCUCUUCACACCGUCAUUAUACAUCAGUGUCUGCUUGGAAAUUCACUCGAAAGUUUACGGAGGCAUCAAUGAUCUACUCGUUUUCACAAACCAAAUUCAACUGAUCGAACAGAUCCAAGCUCAGCGUCAUUCCUUUCUCCUCUUUCCUCAUUAUAUUUUCUUCUAUCUUUACCUUUGCAACAAUCUUCCUCCUUCAAUCACACAGUCUAUCACUCAGGAACUCGGAACCGAUACAACCCGAACCUCAGUUCCCCAUCUUCGCCACGACCCUAACAGAAAUAUGCCUUCACAAACCGCUCUCCUCACUCAAACUUAUUUCCUCUUGAUUUUGUUUGAUUCUUUUCUUAUUUACCUCCACAUUGCUCUUUCUUUCUUCUUUUUUGUGCUUGUUUCUGUUUUCCGUUCUAUCUUUUUCUUCUUUUUCAUUCAUUUUUUUCUCAUCCUUCACCUUCUUACACGCCUUCUUUUUUUUUUUCUUUUUCUUCUCAUUUAA